ACUUGUGUGAGUUUAUGUUAUGUCUAUCAUUCAAAUUUAUAAGUCGUAUCGAUAUAGAUUCAAGUCUUUCUCGUUAGCUACGUAGGUAGUCGUAGUUAUUUUUUAGAGUAGAGCAAGUUGAAUCUCUAGUGAAUAAGUGAAGGCCUACAGGAUGCCUCUUUUUGGCAAAAAAGAUUUUGGUAGAAAGUCUAAAAAAGACAGUAAAGACUCUGAAAAGCAACCAUCCAUCGAAGAUAAAUAUAUUGUAAAGGAUCUGCUCGGAACGGGAGCAUUUUCAGAAGUACGUCUCAUUGAGAGCAAGGAAAAUGGACAUUUGUUCGCGUGCAAAAUUAUUGAUAAAAAAGCCCUUAAAGGCAAAGAAGACUCAUUGGAAAAUGAAAUAAGAGUUUUAAAAAGAUUUAGUGAAAAUGCCAAAGUAGAAGGAGGCGAGAAAAAAAUGUUUUCUCAUCCUAAUAUCGUACAGCUGUUAGAGACAUACGAAGACAAGAACAAGGUCUAUCUUGUAAUGGAGUUAGUAACAGGUGGUGAAUUAUUUGAUCGAAUCGUCGAAAAGGGAUCGUAUACAGAAAAGGACGCAUCAAAUCUUAUUAGACAAGUGUUGGAGGCUGUGGACUACAUGCAUUCUCAAGGAGUGGUGCACAGAGAUUUAAAGCCAGAAAAUCUUCUUUAUUAUAGUGCAGAUGAGGAAAGUAAAAUAAUGAUUAGUGACUUUGGUCUCUCUAAAAUUGAAGAUUCAGGCAUAAUGGCAACAGCUUGUGGGACACCGGGUUAUGUUGCUCCUGAGGUAUUAGCUCAAAAACCUUAUGGCAAAGCUGUUGAUGUUUGGAGCAUAGGAGUUAUUUCUUAUAUUUUACUUUGUGGAUAUCCCCCAUUUUAUGACGAAAAUGAUGCAAAUCUUUUUGCUCAAAUUCUCAAAGGUGAUUUUGAAUUUGAUUCUCCUUAUUGGGAUGACAUCAGUGAAUCAGCUAAAGAUUUCAUCCGACAUUUGAUGUGUGUGGAUGUGGACAAGCGGUAUACAUGCAAGCAAGCUUUGGCUCAUCCAUGGAUUUCUGGCAAUGCAGCAAGCAACAAGAAUAUUCACGGUACUGUAUCAGAACAACUUAAGAAGAACUUUGCUAAGUCCCGAUGGAAACAAGCGUAUCACGCUACCACAGUCAUCCGGCAAAUGCAAAAGAUGAUUCUCAGUAGCAGCAGCUCGAGUCGUAAUGCCAACACCCAACCCAAGCCUCAACAAUAG